ACUUGUCAAAGGUUGUUGAAAACUCCCGCGUGUGUCCAAAUUAAGAACCCGGCAUUAUUUUGGUUUCUUUGUUGCACCGAUUCAAUUCAGCAUCGACAUGUACGGAGUAUGGCAAUGAAUGCCGAAGCUUUGACGUAUACCUGGAAGAUCAGCGAAGGCAUGACGGACGAUCUCAAACGCAUGCCGGCUUCCAUGCCUUCACACCGAUUACUAAAGAAAAGGAAACACAAUGUUGACAGUGCUUCUUCCAAUGGCCAGCUCGCAUUGGCCGACGUAUACCAGAAACUGAAGAAAAAUGGCCCUGAACUUCAGUUUUAUACCAACACUCACUGGCAAGCCCCCGAAGCACCUACACAGCUCAUGAUCGCCAAUUUACAUGUGGAACCUGAGACUGAAGAAGACGGAAAAGAAUUACUAGCAGAAGCAUGGAAGGUGCAUCAACCCGCCCUGAAAGCCAUUUUACGCGGCCAGGUGACAGAAACUAAUUCUCAGAUCCUGUUCGAGCUCUGCAGGAAUGUGUGCUGUCUCGGCCAAGCCCAGCCCUUAUACCAGUUGAUCCAUCAAGAAUUACUUGUUUAUAUCAAGGAACUGACCUCCACUCUGGCAGGAUUAGCGCCUCUCAAAGGCAACUUUCUUAAAUAUAUCCUUUCGAGUUGGACGAAGCUCACACGUCAAUUGGCAAUGGUCCGGAACAUUUUUAGCGAAGUGGACCGCUUGUACGUUAUGCGAUGCACGAGUUUUUCGUCAAUCAUCCAUCUGGGCGAAACACUUUUCUGUGAUCAUGUGAUGGCCAACAUGGCUGUGCGAGAACGCGUCGUGGCCAAUAUUACCUAUCUUAUCACCAGGGAAAGAAAUGGAUAUACCAUUGACCGUCCACUGAUCAAAUCGUUAUUGGCCAUGUUGCAUGAACUUGGCUUGUAUCAUUCCAUAUUCGAAUCGCGACUGAUAGAAGAAACAUCCAAAUAUUACCGCAAGGAAGCUACCGAAUUGUUGCAAACCAUGUCGGCUCCUGAUUACUUGAGCCACGUCGCGAAACGUCGGGAGGAAGAAAGUCUCGACCGAUCGCAGGCCUAUCUUUUGGAGACAACAAGAGGACCGUUAGUGAGCGCCGUUUUGGAACAACUGGUGUACACGCGUGUCAAAGUCAUUCUUGAUACUGGUUUCGAUGCCAUGAUGGAGAAUGACGAGAAAAUCCCGCUUAGAAUGCUUUAUGAUUUACUGAGAAACAGUAAGGAGAUGGUCGACUUGCGGCAAGCUUUUAUCGAUCAUGUCAAGCGACAUGGAACGGCCAUCAUGGAGAAAGUCGAGAAUGCCAAUCUCAUGGAUGAUUUGAUGCGUUACAAAGCGCGUAUGGAAGAAAUCGUGGCUUCUGUAUUCGACCUUGAUCCAUUGUUUGUCCACGGACUCACCGAAAGCUUUGAAAGUUUUGUCAACAAUACAGGCACAAGUUCGGCUUAUUUGAUCGCAGCGUACAUCGACAAUAAAUUACGAACACACGCCGUGAAAGCCAGCCAGGUGGAACUUCAAUCGAUACUCGAUAACGUAUUAGUGAUCUUUCGAUAUGUCCAAGGAAAAGAUGCAUUUGAAGUAUUCUACAAACAGUUUCUGGCCAAACGACUCUUGACGAAUCAAAAUCCGCUGAACGCUGUCGAAAAGCACAUCUUGAACAAGCUAAAAGAAGAAUGCGGACCGGAUUUCACCGAGGAUAUGGAAGCGAUGUUCCGGGACAUUGCGGAUUCGGUCACAUUAAGUUCUGAGUACAAAAAAUCAAGUUAUCGUUUACGAAAAAAUGAUCAGUUCAAAGUCUAUAUAUUGACUCAAAGCAUAUGGCCCACAGCACCCCAUUUCAACAUCGUGGUGCCGCCUCAGCUGUUAUCAUAUCAAGCAUCAUUUGAAAAGUUUUACAACGCUAAUAACAGGACUACGCGGUCCAAAGGACGAAGAUUAACAUGGACAAACUCGCUUACCACGUGUGUUCUUCAGGCCAAUUUCCCCAAUGGCACCAAAGAGCUCUUGGUGACUUUAUUCCAAGCCGUCAUUCUCUUAUUAUUCAACGAUAGACGACAUGCUACACUCUCAUUUACCGAUAUUGCCGAAAAGACACAGCUAGAUCCGGACGAGUUGAAGUGGGUGCUACAGUCACUGGCAUGUACGCAAUUCAAAGUCCUUAAAAAAGAGCCGCGUGGAUUGACUAUUCGCCCCACCGAUUUAUUUCAUUACAAUCUUCAUUUUACAAGUCCCAUCUCCCGCAUCAAGUUCAGCGCUAUUCAUCAGCAGCAUUUGUUGGCUGACCAAAAACGACUUCAUUCUCCCAUAUUACUCAACCGGCAGCACCAGAUUGACGCGUUUAUUGUCCGUACCUUGAAGCAAGCCAAGAGCAUGACCCACGCUAACUUGACCGACAAGUUGAAAACGGAGUUCCAAUACUCGGUCGAGACUGCGGAAAUCAGGGCACGCAUCGAGGAUCUCAUAGUAAAGGAUUAUCUGAAACGCGACAGUCGAAAUCGUUUAUUGUAUCAUUAUCAGAGCUAAGCAUUUCACCCUACAUACCUCCUACCAGAAACCUACCAAUUCAUGCCAUAAAUCACGGAAUAAAAUACAACUAAUUGUGCCAUUGGCUUUCAUAUCCUUCAUAAAUAAAUAGAAAAAAGUACAAAUGUGGGCUUACCCCACAUGUAACAAUGGAAAAAGUAAAAAG